AUGGCGAAUGAUCCUAGGCUGACAGGAGGAAUUCUGGAGAAGUGCUUAAGUCCAGUCCAAGAAAUUUUGUGCAAAACUAGUAAACUGCCUCCUCCUGCUUUUACCACUUACUCAAUAGUUGUUCAGUUCUGAAUACCUUAUAUAUAUAUAUAUAUUAAGUGAAUAAUGCUUUUUUCAGUUGUUAUCAGCUCAGGGACAGAACAUCCAUAAAGUCUGAUCGAAUCAUUAAACAGUAUGAUAUCAAAUUUUAUUGACAUGUGAUUCAAUCUAAACACAAGAAAUUUACAGGGCAGGAUUUUACACAAUGGAAGCUUGAUGAAAAAAAGUCAGUUUUUAUUAGCCUGAAUCCGUCCCCUCGGAAAAUGGUUAAGUCUAACUUAAAGUAUAAUUAAAUUCAGUUUUGCCUAUGAGAGUCUAACUGGGGCUUAAUACUUCAAACCUUACACUCAGAUCCAGUGAUAACAUAAAAUGGCACAAUCAUGGAAUAAAAUGUAAACCAUGGAUUAGUAGUAACUGGCUUCUUGGAAACUGCGCUUCGAUCCACCCUGGCUUUCAGAAGGCCACUGUGAGGUCGUACGCUCAAGUCUGACCCAUGCGAUUCAUAGUAUGUUUCAGAAAACAAACUAAUACUUUUCUACUAUGAAGUAACUACUUCUUUUUCUAAAGAUAGUAGUAGGUGUUAAGGCUGCUUAAAGGAAAUUCUCGCUUCCAAACAUAUCUAACAUUAGCAUUCUUUUUACUUCCCACAUUAGGAAUCACCCCGAUCACCGUUGUGACGCACCAUGACAAACUGAAAUCACAAGAGGAGUGUGAAAACGCCCUCCGCCAAGCAUCAGCAGCUACCGGAAGUUCAUUGGAACACACAUUCUUUAUACGCAACUACACAAAAGACAACAGUAAACGUAACCCGGAGACAGAGUGCAUGAUAUUCGACAUUCUUCACUGCGCACUGCUGACGGCCGAGAAGGCAGUGAAGGUCAUGAAACAGAGAGAAAUGGAGGAAGACGAGAAGGCAUUGAAUUCUGUUGAAGGUAACACAUAA